UUUAGUUUGGUAACAUCUGUUUCAAAUAAUAAAUAUGUCUUAUUAUAAACUGCCUCCAAAUUAUUAUCUUCAAUUUUAUCCUCCCCCACCCCACCCUCCACCACCUCCUGCCUUUCAAACUACUACACAAAAAUUUCUUCGUUUCCAUGACUUUCAUCAUACUCAUUUUAUACAAAAUAGGAAUUUUUUUCAUGCGCUUAAUUCAACUACACCAUGGUGGUCAUGGAAAGUUGAAGAGGAAGGUGUAGAAGAAGGAAGUAGAUAUCAACAACAACAGCCCGAAGAGUAUGAAAAUUACGAGUAUCAAGAGGAAUAUUAUGAAGAAAGGGAAGAAGAGAAGGCUGAAGGAGUUGAGUUUGUGUUAAGUGAAGAAGCAAUAGCAAUGUUCCGUUUCUCUGAAUUAAGAAAACAACAACGUAAGUUAUUUGAUUUCGAUUCUCCUUUAAUAGAACAAGUAUCUCACAUAAUUAUAUUAACAUUAAAUUUGAAAAAAAAAAAAAUAUUUUUCUCCAAGUUGCGGAAGAGAUUUCAAAGUCAAAAAAAAAAAAUAAUAAUAAUGACAAUAAUGAUAAUAAUGAUAAUGAUGAUAAUUUACAAAGUCAAGCAUCAUCAACAGAUGAUAAUUACCUUGACACGGAACCUGAUCCAUCAAUUAUUCCGUCAUUUCAUAAUCAACCUUGCGUGGAAUCAAAAGAAUUGUAUGGAGACUCUUGCACGAUCAUUAAUACACUAGAAGCGGCAGUUAAUUCUACGUUUGUUCAAAGUUUUAAUGUUUCUAAUAAAGCCACAAAUAAUAGUCGACGAGACGAAGAAGUGGUUUAUUGGCCUGUUUUGCCCUUAAGAUUUGUUUAAAUAACAUUAUGAAAGGAACUCGUUUUUUUGUCAUUAGUCACGUUUUUUUUUGGACUAUAUGAUACGUAAGUGAAAAAAAAAUUUUUUAUUUUUUUUCCAGAUGAUGAUAAAAAUCAUCCUUGUUCUUUGAAUGAACAUCUUUUCUUUAUGAAAAUUGAUUGUUCAUUGUGACGAAAAAAUCUUGUGGCCAUAUAAAAUUAUCUGAACGGAUACUUUAUAGAGGAUAUAAAUUCUUCAAAUAAUUAAUAAGUUUACUAACUAAUCUUUUUAUUUCUUUGAUUUUACACGAUAAAAUUA